AUGGCAUCACCGGCAUUGUUUACUGCCUCGCGCAGCCAGACACUAACCUACCUUUUAGCGGUCUGCCCCUUCUCUAUCGCCUUCCUAGUUUUCAUCAAUUCAUCCAUCUCUUUCGUGGUAACCAAUCUAAUCGGCCUCCAAGAGGGAGAAGGAAAUGCUGUGGGAAGUCUAGGCUUCGCGGAUGAACUUCUCGCGCUGGCCGCGUGCCCUCUUUGGGGUGUUCUCUCGGAUCGAAUCGGCGUUCGCCAUGUAUGUACUGCAGGCUAUGCCAUCGUAGCGCUGGCGCUAGUCCUUUUUGUACAAGCCACCAAUAUCUACCCCCAACUUCUACUGGGAAGAUUACUUUUCAGUAUCGGUGGUUCGGCCGUGUCGACCAUGGUCACGGCUGUUCUGCCAACUGUGACUGGCAAGGUCAAUGCUCAAGCAUACCGCGCAUCCGUUUCAUCGGAGUUGACCAUCACACCGGAGCGAGCCAGGACCGGCCACGCUGCCGCCGGUACCAGCGCAUCGCCAUCUGCCCGACUCUCCGGGUUCGUCGGCAUGUGUGCUGGUUGUGGUGCACUGGUAGCAGUGACCGUUUUCUUGCCUCUGGCAGCACGAUUUGAAAAAAUGGGAUUGUCUCCCGCACAGGCAAUCCAGCGCAGCUAUUAUUUGGUCGCUGCUGUAUCUCUUAUCAUCAGUUUUGUCUGCUUUAUUGGACUCCGCGAUCUGCCUGGGGAAAAAGGCAAAAGCUGGAGUGUGUUGUGGAAGUCUGAUACAUGUGAAGAUGACGAGGAUGAUGAUUCAUUCGCCCAGUGUCCAGUAUUGCCAUACUGGAAGCAGUUGACCACUGCCCUCACGCUGGGUUUCCACAACCGUAGCAUUGGUCUGGGCUACAUCGGUGGCUUCGUGGCGCGCGCUUCGUCGGUGGGGAUAUCGUUGUUCAUCCCACUCGCCGUGAACCACUACUAUCGGGAAUCGGGCCUCUGUAGCGAGGGGCAUGAACCCGUGUUCGGGUCUGGAAUGGGUGAUAUCAAGAAAGCGUGUCCGCGUGCAUAUAUUGUCGCCUCCAUACUGACCGGUGUAUCCCAACUCGUUGCAUUGAUAGCAGCACCCGCAUUUGGCUAUCUGACGGACAAAUCGCGACGAUACAAUUUCCCACUUUUGUUCGCUGCAUUGGUGGGAAUCAUUGGGUACAUGAUAUUUGCACUCUCUCCCAGUCCACAAUUUGAAAAGCCCGACGGUGGCCCGGGUAUAUUCGUUGUGAUGGCUCUGCUGGGAAUUAGCCAGAUUGGUGCAAUUGUUUGCAGCUUGGCUGUGUUGAGCAACGGAAUCCUGCGGGUCAGCAUUGACGACGAGACAUUAAGAAAAAUAUACGAAGAGCGACGUGCUCACGGGGACGAGAACGAACCGGACGAGGCCCAGUCUCUUCUGGGCGGGUCUGUGAAUCGGAGACUGGAGCAUCUGUCCCACUUGAAAGGCUCCAUUGCCGGUGUUUAUUCACUGUACGGUGGUGCGGGAAUCUUACUAUUGACGAAGGUGGGUGGGCUGUUAUUCGAUGUGUUGUCAUCGGGCACACCAUUCUACAUCAUGGCUGGGUUCAAUGGUAUCUUGCUUGUCACGGGCAUCAUUUGCGGGGGCAUGAAUCAUUUCAAAUCUGGAUAA